AUGGGGUGCGGGGCCUCGCAGCCGGACGCCGGCGGGCCUGUGCACCCCAGGUCUGUGAAUGGAGACGUUGUGCAGAACCACGCCGCGCAAGCGACAGGGGAUGACGGUGGAGGGCACAGCGCGAAGGACCGGCCAGCUCCAGCUCGGAAUGUGUCGAACAGGAAGUCCCAGGAGCACAGACGACGGAGACGUGCCGUCGGCAUGGCCGAAAUCCUGCGGCCGCUCCGACGGAUGGGCGGCGCCGAGCAGCUCGUCGCGGAUACGGACGACGAGGCGAGCGACGACGACGAGGAGGACGACGCUGAGACAGCCUUGGUCAACUCCAAGAUGUCGCAUGACACUCAGGAGUGGCUGAUCAGCGUGCUGGACGGCUCGUUCAUCUUCCAGGACAUGACGCCCAAGGGCAUGCGGCGCGUGAUUGCGCGCAUGUUCCUGACCAAGUUCGAGCCCGGGGAGGUCAUCGUGCAGCAGGGCUCGACGGUCGGGGAGGACGACUGCCUGUACGUGGUCGAGGCCGGCGAGGUCCGCAUCUCCAUCUUCGGUGACGAGGUCACGGGCGGCGUGCGAGGGACGGGGCCCGACGGGGAGCCGCUCGUGGACGCGGUGGCGCGGCCGUCCGCCAUCGACGACGCGCCGCACGAGGUGACGUUCAACCUCGGGCGCGGCCAGGUGCUGGGCGACAUCGCCAUGCUGUUCCGGUCGCCGCGGUCGGCGUCCAUGACGGCCGACACGCCGCUGACGCUGUGGGCGCUGCGCAAGCGGGACUUCAACAGCGUGGUGCUGAAGCGCGCGCCGUGGACGAAGGCCAUCCGCUUCGUGCGGCAGGUCCCGUUCUUCAGCGGCGUGACGGACAACCAGCUGCUGUCGCUGGCGUGCAUGAUGGAGGAGGAGCGGUUCGAGGACGGGGAGAUCAUCAUCAAGAAGGGGGAGAGGGACGAGCACGUGUACAUCGUGAGGGAGGGCAAGGUGGCGGUCAUGCGGGACCUGCCGGACGGGACGCAGGAGCAGAUCGUGACGAUGGGCCGCGGGCACGUGAUCGGCGAGCGCGUGCUGAUCAACGACUCGAUGCGGUCGGCGGACUGCGUGGCCGUGGGCGAGGUCCGGUGCAUCAGCCUGCAGAAGCACCACUUCCUGAUGAUGGAGUCGCCGAUCUUCGAGUGGAUGCUGGACUACGAGAUCCUGACCUCGGUGGCCAACCGGUCGGAGUACCUCUCGCGGUUCAACAUGGAGCUGGCGCUGGACGCGUUCUCGCGGGAGAUCUACACGCAGGGGACGCACGUGGUGUCGAUCGGGGAGGUGCCCAGCCACGUGUGGGUGCUGCGCACGGGCGGCGUGGUGGCGGUCGACGAGAACGGGCAGCAGGUCAGCGACGACUUCCUGCAGCUGGCCUACGGGUUCGUGGUGUUCGGCGGCGGGCGCGUGCCGAGCCCCGUGGACGUGCUCGUGACGACGCCGACGGCGGUGUGCCUGGCAAUCGACAACCCGGAGCUCUCGCACACGGUCGAGGCCCUGCUGUCGGAGCGCACCCUGGAGGCGACGCGCUCCAUCCUGGACGCGGUGUCCGGCACCGUCCUGCUGCAGGCGCUCCCGCAGGAGUCGUACCGGCAGCUCAUGCACCUCGGGCACCAGCUGGAGACGGUGGCGUACGAGAAGAACCAGGUGGUGGUGCAGAAGGGCGCCAAGGUGGACAAGAUCUUCUUCGUGCACGAGGGGGCCUUCUCGCAGGUGGCCGCCACGGGCGCCGCCACGCAGGUCGACGUGGGGGAGCUCGUGGGGCGCGAGGGGCUCGACCUGCACCACGCCGUGUUCCGGUCGACCAUGAUCUGCUCCUCGGCGCGCGGGACGCUCAUGACGCUCAGCGUGCAGGCCAUGAAGCAGGCCAUCGCGGAACUGCAGUCCAAGAGCUCCCUCCCGGACUCCGAGGCCGCCUCGCGCAUGCUCGGGAACCUCGACCUCCACGGCGAGCUCGGCUCGGGCCAGUUCGGGUCGGUGCAGCUCGCCAGGGACCGCAAGACAGGGGAGCUGUUGGCGCUCAAGGUCAUGUCCAAGGGGGAGGCGUCGGCGAAGAAGCAGCUGGAGCACCUCACGCUGGAGGCGCACAUCCAGAGCGAGCUGUCGACGCCGUUCUGCGUGGGCCUGAAGUGCUCCGCGCAGGACACGGACCACCUGUUCAUCCUGCAGGAGUUUGUGUCGGGCGGGGAGAUGUUCCACCACCUCGAGGUCAUCGGCGCGCUCAAGGAGGAGGUCGCGCAGUUCUACGCGGCGAACGUCGUCCUGGGCCUCGAGUUCAUGCACGCCAAGGGCAUCAUCUACCGCGACCUCAAGCCCGAGAACCUGCUCAUCACCGGCGGCGGGUACGUCAAGCUGGCCGACUUCGGGUUCUCGAAGCGGCUGCAGCAGGGGAAGCGCACGUUCACCUUCUGCGGGACGCCGGACUACCAGUCGCCCGAGGUGAUCAUGCGCAAGGGCACGGGCGCGCCCGCGGACAUCUGGUCCCUGGGCGUGCUCAUCUACGAGCUGCUGUCGGGGGAGACGCCGUUCGGGACGGACGACUCGGUCGACCCGUGGGAGACGUUCCGGCGCAUCAUCGCGGGGCGCUUCUACAUCCCGCAGUACUUCUCCGCGGAGGCCGUGGACAUCAUCUACCGCCUGCUCAAGGUGGAGCCCAGCGACCGGCUCGGGUGCGGGCCCGAGGGCAUGGCCGAGCUCAAGCGCCACCCGUGGUUCAAGAAGAUCGACUGGGGCGCCGUGGAGGCGCUCAAGGCCAAGCCGCCCUUCCUCCCCGGCACGGACACCUUCCAGGACGUGCUCGCCACCAAGCCCGUCAGCUUCGACGCGUUCCGGCGACGAAACCGGCAGGAGAUGGAGGUGCAGGGCGCCGCGAUGGAGAUGCUCGAGGGCUGGCCGAUCAUCCCGGACGCAUGA